AUGGAACUUAGUGCUGCUAUGCCUUCAUCUGAGUCUGAAUCAAUGCCCAAUGUGAUUCAUUUGGAUUGCACUCUACCUCCAACUUUAGAUAACUCUCUCCCUACAACUAGUCCUCAAGUUCGCCCUCCUAUCUCAAGAAGACGGAGUGGAUCUGAAGUAUGGCAACACUUUAUGAGGGUUGAGGAUGUCGAGGAUCUCAAUGAGCCCAAGGUUAGAUGCGAUUAUUGUGGUAAGGUUUUGUUAUGCCAUCCUAAAAGACAAGGUACUUCAUCCUUGAAGUAUCAUAAUGAGAGAUAUAAAGUCUUUGAUGCUAGUGGGGUUGGAAGGGAUAACCCUCAGUCAAAAAUAACCGGGACUAGGAAGAUGGGGGUGGAUGGUACAACUAGCAGUCCUAGUGUUGGACUUGCCAAGUACAACAAACAGAAAAUACGGUCAGCUGUAGCUAAAAUGAUAAUUGUGGAUGAGCUGCCGUUUAGAUUUGUAGAAAAACAAGGUUUUAAAGACUCUAUGGCCGUAGUUGAGCCUAGAUUUCUAAUUCCCUCUCGCAUUACUGUUAUGCGAGAUUGUAUGAAGAUGUACAUGUUAGAAAAAAGAAAAGUUGAAGAACAUGUUCAUGAUUUUAACAAAGCUCCUGAUCACAAAGGGAUAACAAUAGGAAAAGAGAUUGAGUCAUCUAUACUUGGAUGGGACAUAAAGAAGAUAUUUACAAUCACAGUCGAUAAUGCAUCUUCUAAUACCAUGGCUAUUGAUUAUUUGAGAAAAAUUGCUAAACUUAGGGACUGUAUAGUAUUAGACAAUGACCUUAUGCAUAUAAGAUGUUGUGCACAUAUUUUGAAUCUUAUUGCCCAGGAUGGAUUAAAAGAAAUUAAUAGAUCAGUUAUGAAGAUUCGAAAUGUAGUUAAAUGUGUGAAGUCUUCCCCUUCAAAACUUAAUAAGUUCAAGUCAUGUGCAGAGAAACAAAAUAUUUUGGGUGGUGGGCUUCUUUGUCUUGAUGUUCCAACUAGGUGGAACUCAACAUAUCUAAUGUUGAGUGCGGUUCUCAAAUAUUAUGUGGCAUUUGAGGUGCUGCAAGAUGGAGACAAUGAGUUUGGCCCAUAUUUACGUGAGGUUUCAAGCUCAGUUUAUGCAACUUUGAAUUUGUUCAUUAAAGAAAUAUUUACAAUCUAUAAACAUUUGAACAUAUUUUCCAUGAGUGAGAGUAAUAUGCUGAAAACCAUGUCGGAGAGGAUGUUGUUGAAAUAUGACAAGUAUUGGGGGGAUUGUGGGAAAUUGAACAAAAUGUUGUUUAUUGUGUCUAUGCUUGAUCCGCGCUUCAAGUUGGAAGUUUUAGACUUUUGUUUUACAAAUAUUCUUGGCCAUGAGCGAGCAUCUGAACUUCAAUAUCAAGCAUCAAAAGGUGUGGUAGAGUCUAAAUUAGAAUUGGAUAAGUAUUUCAUGGAAAGUGUUGAAGGAUCGACACCCGACUUUGAUAUUCUAAUAUGGUGGAAGGUGAACUCAAUCAGAUAUCUGAUUCUUGCCAAUAUAGCUCGAGAGGUGUUAGCUAUUCUGAUAUCUACUGUUGCUUCUGAGUCGGCAUUUAGCGUUGGAGGUCAGGUCUUAGAUUCAUUUUAUAGCUCAUUGGCCCCAACAACAAUUGAAGCUCUUAUUGCACACAAAACUGGUUGA